GUGCCCGCGUCCCUGCUGGGGGGCGGCGGGGGCGCUGUGCCGGUGCGCGGCCCGGGAUGCUGGUGGCGCUGGUGGCGCUGGUGGCGGUGGUGGUGGCGGUGGUGGCGGCCGCGGCGCUGCCCGCCCUCCCCGCCCUGCGGCACCGCCUGGCCCGCCCGGUGCUGCGCCGUGCCGCGGGCCGGUGCCGCCGGCGGCUGGAGCUGCGGGGCACCGAGGUGCGGCUCAGCCAGGAGCGGCGGCUGCGGCGGCUGCUGCCCGCCGGCACGGCCCGCGCAGGCUCCGAGGUUUUCCGGGAGCGUCAUCCCCUGGGGCAGAGCUGCCCCGGUGGGGCGCCGGGGGGGCAGGUCCCCCCGCUGCACCCCUGGGCGCUGCUUCGCAGCUGCUGGGGCACAGACCCCCCUCUGCAGGGGUCCCUGCUCUACCUGGAUGCCCUCCAUGCCGCCUUCCCGCGGGCGCUGGCCCCCCGGCGCACGGCCCUGCUCUCCUGGGCGCCAGGGCACCCCCGCGCCCCGGCAGGCUGGCCCCUGCCCACCCUGUACUGCACCCCGGUCGAGGCGGGCACCCUGCCCUCGCGGGCCGCCGCGCUGCGGGUGCAGCUGCUCUUGGCACUGCAGGAGCGUGCCCUGCAUGUGCUGGAGGCCGGGCUGGCCAGCGAGCUGCACGACGCGCUGGCGGCCCUGCAUGCUGGCUGGCCCGAGCUGGCACAGGACCUGGCGCUGGGCAGGCUGAGCCCCCAGCCCGGGCUGCCCGAGGCUGUGCGGGGCCGGCUGCAGGCGCUGCUGGUCCCCAGCGCCGCCCGGGCGGCUGAGCUACGGGCCGAGUGUGCCCGGGGCCCAGAGGGCAUCGUGCAGCGCCUGUGGCCACAGCUGGAGGUGGUGGUGGUGGGGACGGCGCAUGGUGCGGAGCAGCUCUACUGCGAUGCCCUCCGCCGCGCCGACUGCAAGGGGCUGCCGCUCUACUGCCCCUUCUACCGGGCAGCGGGAGCCCUACUAGGUGUGAACUUGUGGCCGGAGGAGCCAGCGCCCCGAUUCCUGCUGUGCCCUGACUGGGCUUUUUACGAGUUCCUGCCCUGCCCGGCCAAGGAGGAGCCACAGACGGUUCUGCUGGACGAGCUCUGGGAGGGACGCGAGUAUGGGCUGGUCCUGACGGCCCAGCCAGGAGAGUACAGGUGCCGUGCUGGGGAGGUGCUGAGGGUGGCCGGCUUCCACAAGCAGUGUCCGGUGGUGGAGCCCGUGCGCAGGGAGAGCCAGGCGCUGAGCGUGCGGGGCGAGAGCAUCCCUGAGGACCGGUUCUGCCAGAGCCUGUGCCGCGCUGUGGGCAUGUGGCCGGGUGCUCGCCUGGUCGACUACGUCUGCGUGGAGAGUGCCCUGCUGGGCACCUCUUCGGGAGCCGGUGCCCCCCAUUACGAGGUGUUCGUGGAGCUGCGGGGCCUGCGGGACCUGUCGGAGGGGCAGCGCUACAAGCUGGACCAGUGUCUCCAGGAGGAUUUCCCCAUCUAUAAGUCCUUCCGCUUCAAGGGCAGCAUUGGGCCCCUGCGCCUGCACCUGGUGGGGGCUGGGGCCUUUGCCCGUCUGCGGGAGGCCCUGGGCACCCCCCUCCCCAUGCCCAGGGUCCUGCGGGAGGAGAAGCUGCUGCAGCUCAUCCAGAGCACCGUCAUCUCCUAGGGCAGCCCGGGGGUCCUGCAGCCCCCCUGCCCUUGGGGUUCGCUUGGCGUGUGCCCUUCAGGGAGGGAGCAGGGCUGAGUGCCUGGUGGGGGGCGCAGGGGCGAGGGUGCGCAGCCCCACAGGAUUUGGCUGAGUGGAGGGGAUGGAGCCAGCGAGCUCAACCAUGCCCCUGCUCUGUGGUGGCAGCGGGUGCCUGUGGGCACCCUGCUCGGUGCUGCCCACGGGGAUGGAGCGGGAUGUGCAGCACAGCCCAGCACUCGCCAGCAGCCCUGGCCCUUCACCGGGCUGGUCUGGGCACAGAGAGGGACCCCGGGGGCUUGUGAGCAUCACGGGGCGGCUGGGUCCUGCCACCAGAGCCAUGGCUCACCCUGCUCUGCUCAGUGCCUUGGCAGCACCCGCUGGCAGGCAUGGCCAAGCGGGUGCCUGUACCUUUCCCGAGGGAAACCUCAGCCAUCGCAGCCCACAGCCGGAGCAGGGGGGACAGUGGAAACCUCCCCGGGAGCAGGAGGAGCAGCAGAGCCUCAAGGCCUGCGCGGGAGCUCGGCUCACCCCUGUGCUGGGCUCCAGAGCCCUGUGGCAUUUUGUCCCUUGGCAAGGGACACUGCGGGCAGGGCACGGGGUGGCUGGUGGUGGCAGGUGCCGGCUGCCAGCGAGCAGCCCCUCCGCCGGGCUCCAGUGCACAUCCGCUGCUUUAGGAAAGAAUAAGCUCCAGCCAGGGCUGCUUUUAACGUUUAAAAAAAAAAAAAAAGCAGCAAAAUAAAGGAGGAUUAUCUCUGAAAAAUAAAUAAAGGACAGAACUCUGGGAUUGAUUUUUUUUUUUAUACUAUUAGUUGUGAUCCUCAUUAAAGAGAUUGCUUGAUGACA